AUGGAAGACGUUAAUUCCGAUUAUAACGGUUUACCCCAAAAUACCGAAUUACCAAAUAACAAUUUACAAUACAACUCGGUUACCACGACUAAUCCUUCGCAAAAUGACUUACAGCAAGGAACGUUCAUAAGUUAUUGUGAUUGUGGUCUUGAACCAGUUCUUCGGGAAGUUAAGGCAAAUACAUUAAAUAAAGGAAGACUUUUUUGUAGAGCAACUCCUUCAAUAUCCUUACAUUGGAGAUAUAAGAAUCCUAGUCAUAGAGCUUCUUUUCCACAAACCCCCGGUUCGCCUCCAACAAGAUCACAAUCUCACCUUUCUUUAAACUCCAUAGAUGAUGAACUUUCUACUAGAAACUUAACUGGUGAUGUAUACACACGUAAACCGGCUGUCUUUGAUAACUGGAAUGAUGUACCUAAAUAUUCUACUCCACAAUUAUUAGAUGUUUUGCAAAAUCACCUUAUGCAACAAGACAGAAAUUAUCAAAAGUGGUACACUGCUUACCAAUCGACCAAACAAGAUCUUGAAGAUGCGAGGAAAGAAAUCGAGAAAUCUAAUAGAGAUUAUGAGAUUUUAGAUAGAGAAAACAAAUUGUAUAAACGUGAAAUUAAGUUUUUAAAAUCUGAAAAGCGGUCGUUAGAAGAUGAAAAUGUUAGUAUUAAAGAAGAAAAUCAAGAAUUAAAAAGAAGAUAA